UCCGAUUGAAAAUAUCCGAUUGAUUUUUAAAAAAGUAAAACGAAAAUAUGGAUUACGCCGCGGCAUGGGCUUUAGCAGAAAAGGUUUUUCCAGUUUUAAAUAAAGAAAUAGAGACCCAUGAAAUAGAAGGAAAAGGCACGAAAAGAGAAUUAAAUCAAUUAAUAGAAAUUGCAAAUAAAAUGGGUUUAGGCAAGAAAAUCCACGAUCAUAUAUUUAAUAAAAUUCGAGAACGGUUUAGAUCGGACGUAGCUCCACAAUUUUGGUUUAUACUAACUAGGAGGACUGAUGAGAUAUUCAGGCAGGUUUACACUGCCAUCAAUGAAUUGUACGAUUCAUACAAACGCUUAGAAAGAGUUAUGAAAAAGUUGGACUUAUUUAAAGUGGGCACAAAUGUCUCUGGUAAGAUAUGGAAUGAGGAAAACUCGCGAGACAUGUUGCAGCUACUUUGCAAAGGAACCUUACUUUUGCAUUUAAAUCUAAAAUAUCAUUCGAGAUUGUUGAUAUUUUAUGAACAUGCUUUAAAAUUGGAAGACAUUGAUGAAAUAGGAACAGAUUGUAUAAAUUGCACUGGUACUUACACAGAAUGUAAAUGCAGGGAUAUAUUUCAAGAAACAAACAGAAAACUAGGUGAAUUGGGCCUUUUAGAACCUUUAUGUGGGCAAAUAAUUACAAAUUUAAUUUAUGAAUACAUAUAUACAGAUAUUCAAAAAACCUGCAAAGAUAAUUAUGAUGCAUCUUUUAUAGAGUCACUAGAGAGAUGGCUUCAAAAUGUGGUAAUUUCAUGGUUGCAAUCUAUAUACCGAUAUGAAACAAGUACUCCCUUAGAGAAGUCCCUAGAAGUGUUCAAGGUUAAAUUAACAAAUUAUCUUUACAAUACAUAUACCAAAAUUAGAAUUGAUCAGUUAUUUGAUAUAAUUAUUGAAUAUCCUGAGUCUCUACCUGCUUUGGAAGACCUAAAAAUAUGCCUGCCCAGAACAGAUUUAAAACCUUAUUUGAUAAAAAGAUUGCAAAAAGCAAUGGAGACGAGAUUGCUACAUCCUGGGGUUAGUACACCUGAUGUCCUCACCGCUUAUGUAUCAGCAAUUCGUUCCCUUAAAGUCCUGGACCCCACUGGACUACUUUUACAAACAGUAACACAACCAGUACACCAGUAUUUACGUAGUAGAGAAGAUACAGUGCGGUGUGUUGUGACAAGUUUAACUGAAGAAGGUCCAAAUGAUCUAGCGGAAGAACUUGUAAGAGGUGAAGCCGUUGUCGUGGAUGAAAAUGCUCCGGUGAGUGAUGAAGGCGGCGAAAACUGGGAGACAUGGAUGCCUGAUCCAAUUGAUGCAGUCCCAUCAAAAUCAUCAAACGUGCGCCGCACUUCCGACAUAAUUUCGAUGCUGGUGAACGUUUACGGAAGCACCGAAUUGUUCGUGAACGAAUAUAGAACACUCCUGGCCGACAGGCUGUUGUCACAGCAUUCGUGCGAUACGGAGAAAGAAAUUCGUUACUUGGAGCUACUGAAACUGCGCUUCGGCGAUUCACAGCUUCACUAUUGCGAAGUGAUGCUCAAGGACAUAGCUGAUUCGAAACGUAUCAACCAAAACAUCAAACAAGAUCCAGAUUAUAGUGAAGGUCAGACACCGUUGUCGGCUAUGAUUGUAUCGUCGCAGUUUUGGCCACCAUUUAAAGAAGAAAAGUUGAAAGUACACAAAACUUUGGAAGAACAAAUGGAAGCUUACACUAGUGCUUUUGAGAAGCUGAAAGGUAGUAGGACGCUCUGUUGGAAACACCACCUAGGAAUGGUUGACUUGGAGGUUGAACUUCCUGACAGGACUUUAACGCUUUCCGUGUCACCAGCACAUGCCACCAUUAUAAUGCAUUUUCAAGAUAAAAAUAUUUGGGAGUUGGAGGAACUGAGUAAAGUUAUGCAAUGCCCCGCUACUUUACUAAGGAAGAAAAUGAGCUUCUGGCAGUCCCAUGGAGUGAUAGUGGAGACACAGACUGAUACAUUCCAGAUACAAGACGGCGCUGGAACAAGCAGUCAAAAUAUUCAGGAGGAUAUCUUUGUUGAAGACUUUGAAUCAGAGUCCGCCAUGGCAAGUGCUCAAGAUCAACGGGAAGAGGAAUUGCAAACGUUUUGGUCUUAUAUUGUGGGUAUGCUAAUGAAUCUCGAGACCCUACCUAUCGAAAGGAUUCAUCAGAUGUUAAAAAUGUUCGCGUUCCAAGGGCCAACCUUGGAGUGCAGUAUGCAGGAGUUAAAAGUGUUUUUAGAUAGGAAAGUUAGAGAACAUCAGUUAAUUUGCUCUGGAGGAUUUUAUUCAUUACCAAAAUAAAGAAUUUUGUCAUAAAA